AUGGCCAUGUUUCUAGCAUAUAUGCCCCCGGACUUUGGCUUACGACCCAUGACUCUGCAGGGGAAAGUUGCCGAGCUGCGACUCGAGCUGAACGCCGGCGGAAAGAAAGAUAAAAACUACACGCAGAAGAAGAUCGCCCUGAAGAAGAUUGUCGCGAAUAUGACUAUGAGCAACAAUGAGAUGGUCUCCCUCUUCCCCGAUAUAAUAGGCUGCAUGCACAUCCAAAGCCUGGAAAUUAAGAAGAUGUGUUUCUUAUUCUUAGUCAAUUAUUCGAGGAUGCGCCCCGAGAUUGCGGUAAAAGCAAUCCCGUUUCUACAACAUGAUAUGGAAGACAACAAUCCGCUCGUCAGGGCUUUAGCUCUCCGAACCAUGUCAUACGUUCACGUCAAAGAAUUUGUCGAAGCUACGGUCCCUCUUGUCAAACGCCUACUCAGAGACUCCGAUCCCUACGUACGAAAGACAGCCGCUUUUUGUGUCGCGAAGUUAUACGAUCAUGAUAAGCACAUGGUUGAACAGUCCGACCUGAUAGAUAGGCUCAAUCAGCUGUUGAGAGAUGACAACCCUACUGUCGUAGCGAGCGCGUUGGCUGGGUUGAUGGAUAUUUGGGAACGCAGCGACUCCAUCAAGCUCACUAUUGAUUACAGCAAUGCCUCUAAGAUGGUAGCAAUCCUACCAGAUUGUUCUGAAUGGGGCCAGACUUACAUCCUCGAGGCUUUAAUGUCUUAUGUACCUCAGGAGUCAGGGGAAGCAACUUUACUGGCUGAACGUAUAGCGCCGCGGUUAUCACACUCGAAUUCCGCUGUGGUACUCACUUGCAUUCGUGUAAUUCUGUAUUUGAUGAACUACAUCGCAGAAGAGAAGCAGAUCUCGGCCUUGUGUCGGAAACUGUCUCCGCCGCUUGUGACGUUAUUAGCAAAGGGCCCAGAGGUGCAAUAUCUUGCUUUACGGAACGCGCUCCUCAUACUUCAGAGAAGACCAGAUGUUUUGCGUAAUGAUAUCCGUGUAUUCUUCUGUAAAUACAACGAUCCGAUCUACGUCAAGGUCACUAAGCUCGAACUGAUAUUCAUGCUUGCUAAUGAGAAGAAUAUCGAUGAAGUACUAACCGAACUGAGAGAAUACGCGACGGAAGUCGACGUGCAUUUCGUUCGUAAGGCAGUGCGAGCCAUUGGCAAGCUGGCCAUUAAGAUUGAGCCGGCUGCGAGACGGUGUAUAAAUCUGCUACUCGAACUUGUCGCGACGAAGGUCCCGUAUAUCGUCCAAGAAGCCACUGUGGUUAUCCGCAACAUAUUCCGGAAAUAUCCCAACCAGUACGAGUCCAUCAUUGGUACGCUUUGCGAACAUCUCGACUCCCUCGACGAGCCCGAGGCAAAAGCUGCAAUGGUCUGGGUUAUUGGGCAGUACGCAGAUCGCAUCGAGAACAGCGACGUUUUACUCGAGGACUUCCUGUAUUCCUUUGCGGAAGAACCCGUAGAAGUACAACUAGCGCUACUCACGGCCACGGUCAAGCUCUUCAUUCAGCGACCCACCAAGGGCCAGGAUCUCGUACCGAAAGUCCUAAAGUGGGCCACGGAAGAAACCGACAACCCGGACCUCCGGGACCGUGCGUAUAUGUACUGGCGCCUCCUCAGCACGGACAUGAAUGUCGCGAAGCAGAUGGUCAUGGGCGAGAAACCCCCCAUCACAGCCGAGUCUGAGAAGCUUGACCCCCAGACCCUGGAGGAGAUGUGUCUCAACGUCGGCACGCUAGCCACUAUCUAUCUCAAGCCCGUCCAAACCGUCUUCCGCAGCGCUCGUCCCCGCCGCCUCCCCGACUCCCCCGCCCUGCAGAAGCACGCCCUCCCCUCCGCUGCCAACUUACCCGCUUUUGAGGCCCAGAAGAGCCUCAGUAUGUUCGGCAUGGGUGGACAACCCGCCGUCUUACGACCCGACAGCAACGACGGCGUUGCUCGCGCCCAGGCCACCGAUGCUAGCAGCAGUAACAGCGGUAAUGGUCCAGACAGCAUGGCUAACGCCGUCAGCGACGCGGACGCGUACUUCGCUGGUAUCGGCAGCCAGCAGAUGGCCGCCAUGGGCAUCCACGAGGCGGGCGAUUCGUCCUUCGGCGGAGGCGGAAACGAGGCUUCCUACGUCGUGAACCAGUACGCACCGCAGCAAGUCUUCCAGCCCGCGCAGGGUGUUGGAAGUAACGGCGACUUGCUGCUUCUAUAG